AGGCAACAUAUAAAAAGAUUGGUUGAGCCUCGCGGUGCUUCAGUGGAUUCCACACCAUCAGAAAGAGAAAUGUCCGACCAAAAUGUCCACAAUGCUGGUUUCACUUCCUCCGGUAUCACAGGAGGAUCACUUGCUUCAUCGAUGAUGUCCCAGGAAGCAAGAGCGUCUGGGGGAGGUGUGCAUUCUGGAGGCCCUACUGCAACUCUCCAAGAAAUGGGUGCGAGAGGCUCGACCCAUUCAUCAGGUUUUACCAGCAGCGGGAUCUCUGGUGGAUCCAAGGCUUCCCACAUGAUGUCCCAGGAGGCCAGAUCUUACGGAGGUGGAACUCCCAGGGGUGGUACAACUUCCACCGUCCAGUCCAUCUCAAUGGGUGGCAAAGGAGGAAGACACUGAAUAGAAGAAAAACAUCAGCCCAGAAGAAAGCUCUGCAAGUGGUUCAUCCUUUACUAACAGAGUCAUUUGACAACUUCUCCCCUUUGCUCUCCCUGUCACUGAUGUGAAAGGCAAAGCCUUUUUGACAUGCACAAAUAAAAUUUCUCUGAAAACGA